AUGGCAAGAAGUAUACCGGCAUAGACCGGCUUCAUUCCCGCACUAAGUCAACCAAAACUGUUACAACUUCAGAGAGACGCCCAGGUUCUACUUCUACUACCUACACUCAUACAUACCCAGGUGGCUCCUCCAGCAUCAUCACAUAUCAGAACACCACAACCUACAGCUCUCGCACUCCAGGAUAUUCUAGGUCGACUGGCCAGACUGGAUAUGAGACUGAGUUUGACUCUGGCAGCUUAGGCGCAAGGACACCUGAGAGAAGCAGUGCUGGCACACGAUACGAAACUACCUACACCAGACGUUAUGAGUCAGGCAGUGGAAGUAGCAGUGGAAGUAGCAGUAGUAGUAGCAGCUAUGGGAGCACUACUGCAUCUCGCGGCAGAUAUGGUGGUGAUAUAAGCAUAGGCGAAAUUGACCAGUGGGGCUCUGAGGAGGAUGUGCCAACACUUGAGUACAAUGAAGAAGAGCAUGGCUUUGAGAUUCACACCAAUCUGCUUUCGCGGGAGGACAGAACUCAUCCUUUCGUACUGCAGGGAUUGGCUGCAGCUCCAGGUUACACGCACACUGCACCACAUCCUUGUGACCAGGGCUCUUGCAUUCCUGCCACUGGUAACUUACUCAUUGGUCGACAAGAAACAAAUGGACUACUACAUCCACUUGCGGCCUCGCCAGAAGGGAACGAUACUGUAUUGUGUCCCAUUUGAAAGAUAGAAAAAAAUGUUUCUGGUGUGAUUCUCGUGAUCAGUUCGUAGGUAGUCCACAGUUUUCCCAUAGAAUUGCAAAUAUAAUCCAUGGAACUGAUUCACGUACACAAAGAAGAACGUGGUGGCAGAGUGAAAACGGUGUAGAAGACGUGAGUAUACGGCUUGACUUGGAAGCAGAGUUUCAUCUUACGCAUCUUGUCAUCACAUUCAGGACAUUCAGACCAGCAGCCAUGCUUAUUGAAAGAUCUUUCGAUAAAGGCCAGACAUGGAAGGUUUAUCGGUACUUUGCAUAUGAUUGCAAUGACGCUUUCCCCGGGAUACCAAAAGGACCUCGUAGAGCAAUUAAUGAUGUAGUCUGUGAGUCAAGGUACUCUGCAGUAGAACCUUCAACUGGGGGUGAGGUAAUUUUCAGGGUUUUGCCACCAAACAUUCCCAUUGAAGAUCCAUAUAGUGAUGAAGUGCAAGAUUUGCUGAAGAUUACUAAUUUGAGAAUAAACUUUACAAAGCUUCAUACUCUUGGAGACCAACUUCUUGACAACCGAAAGGAAAUAAAGGAGAAAUAUUAUUAUGCCAUACAUGAGAUGAUUGUCAGAGGUUCUUGUUCCUGCUAUGGUCAUGCUUCCCGUUGUCUUCCUCUGGAUGGUGUAGAAGAUCAACCAAAUAUGGUCCAUGGCAAGUGUGAAUGCACACACAACACAAAGGGACUUAAUUGUGAGAAAUGUGAAGAUUUUUAUAAUGACCUGCCAUGGAGACCUGCAAUACAGCAGGAGUCUAAUGCUUGCAAAAGUAAGUGCUGGUAAUACAGGCAGUCCCUGGUUAUAGGUGGACUUGGUUAUCAGCGAUCUGGUUUUAUGGGGCUUGUUAAAUGCUGAAAAUCUAUUUUUGGCGCUAUAAUGCUCUGAUUUUUAGUUAUCGAUGCUGAUAACAGAGUUAUAGAGCCUAUAAAUACCUAGCAGAGGAUCCAUUACCUUGUCAUUGGCACAAUAAGCACCAUAAAUCGUUGAUUUUCGGUUAUCACCAAUUUUCAGUUAUCAUCAAGCAUUUGGAAUGGAACAACUGCUUAUAUGUGAUCUGGUUUUAUGGCUUUUUACUAGGGCCAAAAAUCAGUGAUUUUUUGCUGCCAUAUUAUGCUGAUUUCUGGUUAUCAGUGCCGAUAAUAGUAAUGGUGCCAAUACAUACCUAACAGAGGUGCCAUUAACCAGUUAUCUGCAUUAAAAUUGGAUUGUUGGUGCCAUAAGCACCAUAAACAGCAGAUUUUCAGUUAUCGGUGAUUUUUGCUUAUCAUCAAGCCGUCAGAAUGGAACCCCCACCAAUAGCCGGGGACUGCCUGUACAUAUAUGAAUUAAUUGCGUCUGAAUAUUUAAGUAAGUUGUAAGAAACAAAAUUUGAAGGGUGAAGGGUUAAGAAAAUUCAUUUUAAGUUUAAAUUAAAUGUAAUUAAAUGUAAGUUCCAGCUAGCAGGACAAAUAUAUUAGAAAUUUUGGCAUGCCAGAUUAUUAUGUACUUCUCUUUUUAUAAUGUUACAAUUGUACUGAAUUCAGAAAUGGGGAUGAAAGCACAAACAAAUGUACAGUAGAUGUAGUUUUAUAUAAGAUAACUGUCUUCCUUCAACAUGUUCUUUUAUGUUGGUGAGAUGACAUCUAGUGUAAUCUCCUAUCAGUUAGUUUUUUCACUUUCUGGUUGUGGCUACUUAAUAAAUGAACCUUCACACUAA